AUGGGGCCAUCCGGUGACCAAAACACCCCACAAUCAGAAGUAACACGGGACACCAUAGACGGUGAGGGUGCACACGUUAUGAAACUCUCAAUUGGAACUCCGCCAUUUGAUAUUUACACCGUGGCUGAUACUGGCAGCUCGCUCAUAUGGACGCAAUGCGAGCCGUGCCCAGGAUGCUACAAGCAGAAAAAACCCAUGUUCGACCCGCGGAAAUCCUCCACGUAUCAUAUCAUCCCAUGUUAUGCGCCAGAAUAUAAUGCUACAAUUGAUGAUUUCUCGUGCUCAAGAAGUGGUGAUCAAAAUGUUUGCAGUUACAAUUACGUUUACAUGGACCAGUCGAAGACACAAGGAGUAGUCGCAAAAGACACGAUUACGUUGGAGUCCGGAUCAGGGAAGCCGGUUUCGUUCAAAGAGGUUGUGUUUGGUUGUGGACAUAACAACACCGGGGAGAAUUUUUCUGAAAAUCUUAUGGGAAUGGUAGGGCUUGGCCUUGGGAACACAUCACUUGUUUCUCAAAUCGCUCCCUACGUCGGAGGCAGAAAGUUCUCCCAUUGUCUCGUGCCAUUCGAUCCUGAUCACCCGAAUGCUGCAGGCACGUUGAGCUUUGGGAACGGAAGUGAGGUUACUGGUGAAGGAGCGGUUUCGACGCCUUUGAUCAUUAAAGAUCAAAACGACAGGUACGCGUACCAAUAUCAUGUGACAGUUGAAGGAAUCAGUGUUGGAACCACAUUUGUGCCUUUUGACUCAUCGGGGUCGGUUUCGAAAGGGAACAUGUUUCUUGACUCUGGAACACAAGUGACAGUGCUACCACAGGAUUUCUAUGGCCAAUUGAUGGAACAAGUAAAGAAGGCAGUUGAUCUGAAACCGGUUCUAGUGGGUGACCCGAAAAACGGAACUCGGUUUUGCUACAAUACAAGCACGUUGGAUCAUCUCAAAGGAGCGACAUUGACAGUGCAUUUUGAAGGCGGUGGUAAAGUGAAAUUAACACCGGAACAAGCCUUCUUCCAUACCGAAGAUGAUGGAUAUAAGCUGUUGUGUUCUAUGUUGAUGAAUGCCACCGAAGUUGCAAGUGAAGACGUUAAUGUUGCUAUUUAUGGAAGCAACGCUCAGUCGAAUUUCUGGGUCGGUUUCGACCUUGAAAGAAUGAUGGUCUCCUUCAAGCCAACCGAUUGCAGGAGUGGUGGCGAUGGAAAGAGUACUGGCGAUGGAAAGAGAAGUGUGCACCUGGAAAAACAAGAUGAGCGGAAAUUACUUCCUGAAAGAAUAUGA